UUGCCGCAUUUUUCCUAUAAAUACCUCAUUCAUGUAACUUCUUGUUCACCUCUCUUCAGUUUUAAAUAGUAACUCUCAGCUUCACAGUCUAUAUGCCGCCUGCCUUUAUGGAUCCUCAAGAAUCUGAUUGCGAAACUUUCAUUGAAGUAACUGAUCCCUUUAUGAACAAACCCAAGUUGCUACUCAACAAGGAGAGCCUGGGCAAUGAGAAACAGAUUUCAGUGGAUCCAAUCUCCCUGAAAGAACCAAAUGAACUUGCAAUCCCCUAUUCAAAACCCAAACCUCUCAACAUUCCUAAGAAAAUCUCCAGCUUCAGCCUGCCCAAUUCAACAACCUCAUCUCCAGAUUUUUCGAAGAAGAAACAAUUCAGUCAACUACCCUCUCCCCUGUCUUCAUCAGCCAAUCAUUUGGCUCGUCAACACUCCGCAGCUCUCACAAACUUUGAACGGUUAAGAGAAAUCCAAUUACGGAGGAGCAAGUCGUGUGGUGAAGGCAGAGCUAGCGCCCCACCUGAAGAAUUCGAUAUUUGGUUCACCCCCAAUAGUACCAUUCAACAAGUACCGGAAGCAGCAGGGGACAACAAUAAUAAGUUGAUCUUUUUCCCUGAAUCUGAAAUUAACAGCAGAAAUGAUGAAAUUUAUGAUAAAAAAACGUUGGAGGGGCGAAAUCAGGACGCGGAAAAGUUUAAAUGCGGAGCGUUGUGCUUGUUCAUUCCAGGAUUCGGUAAGGGAAUCAAACAUAUAAAAUCAGGGAGAAGGCAAGUAAGUGGAGUAUCAUCGUCUGAUAUAGGACAACAUGUAGUUUCAAGGACAGUUUCAUUGGAGAAAUUCGAAUGUGGGUCGUGGACAUCAUCGGCAGCUAUAAUCAACGACGUUGGAGAUGCAGCCUCCAACAACAUGUUUUUCGAUCUGCCAAUGGAGCUCAUCCGGUGCAGUAAUGUGAACGACGAUACAUUUUCCCCUGUUACGACAGGGUUUGUUUUCGACAAGGAAGUGAAAGGGGUCCUGAAAAACACAACAACAAUAACAACUCCGAGGAAAUCGCAUGAAUCGACACGCCACGUUCGAUUUUCUACGUCGUCCCCAACAUCGUACCCGCCAUCACCUACGUCCUGCAUAACACCACGAAUGCUCACGGCUAGAGAAGAUUUCACUACAUUUCUAGAAGCUCAGAGUGCAUGAUAUUUUCGAAUGGAAAUUUUUUUCUUGAGGAUUCAUCAUUUGCUAUAUAUAAAUAUAUGCGAAAAAGUAGAAUUUGUAAAUAUAAAUUGUGAUUUUCGGUGGGAGAAGGUUUGAAUGAACCCCUUUCUCAAAACCCCCACUCCUCACUACUUGUAUGUAGUGCCUCUUUUUUUUUUCUUUUUCUUUUUUAUCCAACACUUAUAAUUUUACUCAGCAUUUAAGUGUACAACCUUUGUUCAUGUUGAUCUUGAUAUAUAUAUAGAUUG